UCCUGACAUUGGCGGCCCGACGUUCACUACUUCCACGGGGCUGGGCUACACACUUGGACUGUUUCCGCUCUGUUAUCGGAUUUUUAUACAAGAUUAUCGCCAACCACUUGCAUUCAAAAGUUAAGAAUCCAUAACUAAAAGUGCAGGGUGUGUGAAAAACUCCUGUUUAUACAGUCAACUGUCAUAAAUAUUGGACAUUUUUUGUGCUGUUUGGAAAUCAUAAAAACAAUAAAUCAUUAAACAUAUAGUAUCUGAAAGUGAUGACAUUACUAGUUUAGCAAACACCUGGAUCUUUUCAAUAUGCUAAUUUGUCUGAGUCAAUAUGAGCGAAAAGAGAAGAUUUAGGAGUGGAUACCACAAUCCACUAUCCACCAGAAGGAAAAAUGAGAUUGAACGUAUUAUUAAAGUCAAUGACCCAGAGUUCAAUGCACAGUUUGGAUAUGCAAACAAUUACAUUUCCACAUCCAAGUACAACAUUUUUACAUUCCUGCCCAAGAACUUGUUUGAGCAGUUUCAAAGGUUGGCCAAUGCUUACUUCUUGGGGCUCCUUGUACUCCAGUUUAUUCCAGCAGUCAGCUCCCUGGAGCCUGCAGCUACUGUAAUCCCCCUGGUCUUUGUGCUGAGUAUCUCUGCCAUAAAGGAGGCUAUAGAUGACUUUCAACGCCACAGAAGUGACGACCAAGUUAACAACAGGAGAUCUUAUGUGUUGCGAGACAAAAAAAUUGUAGAGGAACGCUGGCAUAAAGUGGUGGUUGGAGAUAUUAUACUGCUUAAAAACAAUGACUACAUUGCUGCUGACCUUUUGCUUCUGUCAACUAGUGAACCCCACAGUUUGUGCUACAUUGAAACUGCUGAGUUGGAUGGGGAGACCAACCUUAAAGUCCGCCAAGCUUUAGAGGACACAUCAGAGCUGGGAGAUAACUUGACCAAACUUGCUGAAUUUAAUGCUGAAAUAGUUAGUGAACCCCCCAACAAUAGGUUAAGCAAGUUUGAGGGAAAAAUGAUCUGGAACAGCAAAACUUACUCCCUGGACAAUGAGAAGAUCCUGCUGAGGGGGUGUGUCCUGAGGAACACCCAGUGGUGCUACGGCAUUGUUGUGUUUGCAGGCAGGGACACCAAGCUGAUGAUGAACAGCGGCAAGUCAACCUUUAAACGCACCAACAUUGACCGCCUCAUGAACAUUCUCAUCAUUGGCAUUUUCUUGUUUCUUGUGGUGAUGUGCCUGAUCUGUACAAUAGCUUGCAUCAUCUGGGAGGUGAUGACUGGGACCUACUUUCAAGCUUACCUCCCAUGGGAGCCUUUUGUGACUAAAGAUGUAGCCGCUGGAGCUGUAACAAUUGCCGUCCUUGUGUUUCUUUCAUACAUCAUCAUCUUAAACACUGUAGUGCCUAUAUCUCUAUAUGUCAGUGUUGAAAUAAUUCGUCUUGCACAUAGUUUGUGGAUUAACUGGGAUGUAAAAAUGUACUAUGAUAAAAAAGAUACGCCUGCUAAAGCAAGGACCACAACUCUAAAUGAAGAAUUAGGUCAAAUAGAGUACAUUUUUUCUGAUAAAACGGGAACUUUAACACAGAAUAUAAUGACAUUCAACAAAUGUUCAAUAAAUGGCAAGUCUUAUGGUGAUCCAGUUGAUAUGGAAGGAAAUGCAAUAGAAAUUACAGAGAGAACACCUAGGGUGGAUUUGUCCUGGAACCCUUAUGCAGAAAAAGGUUUUGACUUUUACGACUCAGCCUUGGUGGACGAGGUACACAACAACAAUGAGAUGGUCAACAUGUUUUUUACCCUGCUGGCUCUGUGUCACACUGUCAUGCCAGAGGUCAAGAGUGAUGGUUCACUAGAGUACCAGGCCCAGUCUCCAGAUGAAGGGGCCUUGGUGUCUGCUGCCAGAAACUUUGGCUUUGUCUUUAAGUCAAGAACUCCAAGUACCAUUACCAUAGAGGUACAAGGGGAAGAAGAGACGUAUGAACUUCUUAACAUCCUAGAUUUUAACAAUGUCAGGAAAAGAAUGUCUGUGAUAGUGAGGAAAGGUGGCAAGAUUCAGCUGUUGAGUAAAGGUGCUGACACCAUCAUGUUUGAACUGCUGGAUAGGAAGUGUGACGAGCUGAAGGAAUUCACAACUCAUCACCUCAACGACUUUGCACAAACGGGUCUUCGCACAUUAGUUUUGGCAUCCAAAACUAUAGAUGAAAAAUACUACAACACCUGGAGUCAGCGACAUCAUGAAGCAAGCACAACAAUGGAUGAUCGAGAUGGCAAGCUUGAUGCUGUGUAUGAAGAAAUUGAGAAGGAUAUGAUUCUUCUUGGUGCCACCGCUAUUGAAGACAAGCUGCAAGAUGGCGUCCCAGAGACCAUUGCCAACCUGGCAUUGGCUGGGAUCAAAAUUUGGGUUCUGACUGGGGAUAAACAAGAAACUGCCAUUAACAUUGGUUACUCAUGUCGGCUGUUAACUGAUGAGAUGGAGGAGCCGUUUAUCAUUGAUGGUGAGACUCAUGAUGAGGUGGAGUCUCAGAUGAAGAAAGCCCUGGAGGAAAUUGAUGCAGCAAAGAACAGCAAGAGGCGGACUGGGGUGGAUGUGUCAUUCCGCAAUGGAUCGGCCAAAGUUACCAACCCACACGAUGCUGCGGAGAACGGUAACGUGGCUGCAGCAGAGGAUGAGUAUGGGGACUUCGCACUAGUCAUCAAUGGCCACAGUUUGGCCCAAGCAUUGAAACCAGAGCUUGAGAAGACCUUGCUAAACCUGGGCUGCAUGUGUAAAGCAGUCAUCUGCUGUAGGGUGACGCCACUCCAGAAAGCUUUAGUGGUGGAUCUAGUCAAACGUCAUAAAAAGUCUAUCACACUUUCUAUAGGAGAUGGGGCUAAUGAUGUUAGCAUGAUUAAAAUGGCUCACAUUGGUAUAGGCAUCAGUGGCCAAGAAGGCAUGCAAGCUGUGUUGGCCAGUGACUACUCAAUAGCACAGUUCAGGUACCUUGAGCGUCUGCUGCUGGUCCAUGGACGAUGGUCAUACUUGAGAAUGUGCAAGUUCUUAAAAUAUUUCUUCUACAAGAACUUUGCAUUUACGCUCUGCCACUUCUGGUUUGCUUUCUUCUGUGGCUUCUCUGCUCAGACCUUGUUUGACCCCUACUUCAUCUCAUUGUAUAAUGUGUUCUACACCUCCCUACCUGUCCUGGUGCUGGGUGUGUUUGAUCAGGAUGUGGAUGAAAGUUUUUGUCUACGCUAUCCCAAGCUGUAUGAGCCAGGCAUGAAAAAUGCUUUGUUCAACAAGAAGAUUUUCUUCUGGAGUGUGGCGGAGGGGGUUAUAUCCUCUUUAGUCCUCUUCUUUAUCCCGUACGGCACCUUCCUGAUGGGUGUGGACUACGAGGGUCAGGAUGUGACUGACACCCAGGCUCUGGGUACAGUGGUGGCAGCGGGUCUGGUUGUUACUGUCAAUCUCAGGUGUGCUCUAGACACGAGCUACUGGACCGGCUUCAACCACUUUGUCAUAUGGGGCAGCAUCAUCUACUACUUCUGUUUCCAUCUGGCUUUCUACUCGGAUGCCAUUCGCUACAAGUACUCUGGCGUGGCCCUGAAAGUGUUUGGCUUGUCCAACUUCUGGUUCUGCCUGCUGAUCACCAGCACCCUGCUCAUCCUGCCCAUGGUGGCCUACAGGUUCUACACAACCAACGUCACGCCCACCUUGUCAGACAGAGUCAGGCUGAGACAGAGGAUGAAGAAAUCCAAGUCCAAACUUGGGAGAGACUUCCGUAUUCACCGCCAGUCUACCAUUCGCAGAAGUGCCAGGUCGAUGCGCUCAGGCUAUGCCUUUGCUCACCAAGCUGGUUUUGGAGAAUUGAUCACCAGUGGCAUCAAUAUGAAAGACCGAGCGAAAGAAAGACACUCCAACUCUGCCGUAAUAUUGACCAAAAUAAUACGAGGUCAAGGGGAUAGUCAACAAUCCUUAAAUGGGCAGUCACAACCCAAACAGACAACUGCAGCAUCCAGAUCCCCCUCCCACGGAGGGGAUGACAAUGUUGUAUUUAUUGAAAGGUUGUGAACAUCUCUUCAGGUUCCUUGUGAUAAAAGUGCAAAUAUUCUACUCUCUAGUUGUUGCUGCUCCUGUGGUGUUCUGAUCAAAGGAGAAUUGUGGAAUCUAUUUUCUUGUUGUUUUAAUAGCCAUUUGUUGUAUAACUUGUUACAUGUAAAGAAAUAUUUAUUGAUGCUACUUUAUAAUUACCCAACCAUUCAAGACAUUUGUGUAUCCAUCUUCUUAUAUUUGUUGAUUAACUGCAAUCUUCAAUUGAAUGCCUUUUGCAUCCAAGUCAUGAGAACGUCUUUCCUACAUUAUGGUGUUAAUUUUUUGUGCAUCCAAUUAUCAAAGUGUCUUGAAUUGUAAACUCUUUUCCUCACAGAUUUCUUCUUAAUAUUUCUUCUGAUGCAUAUGUGUGUUAACUGUUAUUGAUAACAGUCUUGUCAUUGUUUUUCCCAACCCCCUUUUCUCCCGAUGUGCUAGGCAUUUACAUUUUUUACAUAUCACACUUUAGAUGAAAAUAAAUAUUUAAAAUAAUUCUUUCUAACCAUACAAAUGAUGGUGUUAAUAGUUUACCCUUUACCAAAAUCUAAAAUGAAUAUUUUAAAUAAUUUCUAACCAUACAAAUGAUGGUGUUAAUAGUUUGCCCUUGACCAAAAUCUAAAAUAAAUAUUUUAAAUAAUUUCUAACCAUAUAAAUGAUGGUGUUAAUAGUUUGCCCUUGACCAAAAUCUCGUGGAAAUUGUUUUAGCCCAUCAGUAAAUAUAAUCUUGUUGUAAUACCAACUUGUUGAAUGCUAUCACAAGCGGUAGCAUUACUGUGUUCAUUGUUUUAAAUAUAACAAUGCAUAGGCAUAAUUUAUACAAUUAUUUGCAUAAUUUAACCAUUGUUUUGUUGCUUUUGUAAAAACAAACUUGUUGACAGAACUUUCUCCAUCUGACUUGGAUUCGGAUGGUUUUUGACAUAUCUAGCUUAUCAAAUCUUUAAUACCACUACCCCCACCCCACGUAUCUAAACACAAGGUUUUCUAAGACUACUGAAACAAUAGUUGUUUAAACAUUUGAUUGCUACAGUAAUUACAAAGAUUGUACAUAAACUUUAUCUGCUUAAAAAAACUAGCACCCGUUGUGUAAAGACUGUUUCAAGAUGUUUUUGUGCAGUCUGUGGUGAACACUGCUUGAAUGGUUUAUCUUGUGUGUUGGCAGCAUUUAACUCCAUAAUAAUUGAUAAUAAUCUUGAUGUGAUAGCUUUAAAACAUUUGAUUAUUCACAUUUUAUUCUGCAAGAACCAUUUGGUUGAUAUACUUUACACAAAUGUUCUUCAACAAGAUCUAUUUUACAGUUAAAUUAAAAAAUGAUUUACAGUGUUGCAGUGCACCACCAUUUAUUUUUCUCAUGUUUAGUUUACAUACAGGUUUCCUAUUUUGUUUUUAACACUACGAAAGAUAAUAAAAUACUAUAAGCCACCUUAGAAAAAUCAUUAUUGAACUGCUUUAGUUUUUAUUAUUAUUAUUCCUGUUUUUAAGUUGCGUUUUUUAUACAGAAGAUAUAAACUAGGCUAAUGGUUUGAGGGCAGCACAGUUGUUUGAAAUGUUAUCUAUGCUCAUUUAGUACAAGCCAAAACCACUCAAACUGACUUUAGUCAAAUGUUUAGACCUUGGAGAAGACACUAUAAAACUACUUCCACUCUUAGAAGUGAAAUUUUUAAAAAAAUCUUUAUUAUAUUUGUCAUUACAAAAAGGUUUUAUCACUAAAUUUAGAGCUGCUUAUAAAUAUGUGUAUCAGUAUAAAAAAAAACAUUAUUUACCCCAUGUCAAGCUUGUAUGUAGUAUAAUGUAGCACUGAGCAUUUAGGGCUGUUGGAAAAUGUAGGUGCUAGACAAACAACAGUUACAUUGUUUUGUAAGAACAACCAUUUGGACCACUUUUUUUUGUUCCUAUUUGAAUUGGUUUAUCUUGUCUAAUGUACCAGCAAUUCUUGUUGAGUUUGGUGGGAACAAAAGGACACAAACUGCUGUAACUCUUGUAUACUAUAUCCAUGACAUUGAUUCAUUGUUCCCCUUGCUUUUAAUAUGCAAAUUAAAAUCAUCAGUCAACAUCAUGGCUUUAUCAAGUAAUACAGUCUUGGAUCUUUGAAGAGUCUGUCUUCUACACAGAAGAGGUCAGACAUCUUGUUAUAAGACUGUAUUACUUCUAAACUAGUCAGUCCAUGUCAUCUAUUUUUGUAUACACAUCUGGUAAAGGCCUUUGUCUGCAAUAUAAGAUCCAAGUGACUGGUUCUGCUUCUGUUAUUAGUGUACCUAGCACACAGCAUGCUCUACAAGUUAGACCUAAUUAAUUCAGUCUUAUAAGACAUUUUUUUUCAAAAACAUUGCCUCUGUUAUCAGUCAGUAGGAUAAACAUUGUGUAUAGUUCACUCAUUUAGCAACACAUGUAAGCUAAAUUUUAUUUAAUAGAAAUUUUUUUUUUCUCCCAUAUAUCUGCAAUGUAUUUAUUUUUCUAAGAACAAAUAUCUGGCCUUGUAUUGUAAGUAAAGCUAUAACAUAUUAGAGUAUUUAUUUGUAAAUAAUGUUGCUGUAAUGUCAGACUCUGGUAUAUGAUGUGUUUUCAGGGACACGUGUUAAGGUCGGUCAAGCUAAAGAAAUACGUCACUCACUCAACAUUUGUAAAUACGCAUUUAUUUUGAGUAAUAAGCUUCUAGCAAUACAAUAUCAUAAUAAAGGCUUACUCUGAAUACAGUUUAAAAUUAAAUAUAAAUGCUCAUAAGAUUCUGAUUACAAAUGUAAAUAAAAUAAAAUUCCAAGUAAGGUUAUGUCAUCAAUUAAACCUUAUAAAAAAACUAAAUUUAAAAAGCAUAUUUUCUAAAUUUAUUUUAAAAUGUAUUUAUAUAUUUAUAUAUAUAUUCAUGAAGCUAACAUUGUUCUUUUUUUUUUAAAUUAAAUCUUUGCAU